CAAAUUCACAUUUUAACACGAUAAUAUUGUAUUUUUAUAUUUCUUUGAGCAUGAAUUACAUCAGUUAACCAGGUUUUCAACAUUUUUUUAACACUGUUACUUUAACCACAUAAACUCUCUAGGAAGUUUUCAAGAUCCAAGGAUGUUUUCAAAUACAGAAGAACAUAAUCUUGUGUCACAGGAAGAAUUUCAACACACUUAAGUGACUUAAACUUUUUUAAAUAGAACAUAAUGUGCUAAGGUGUGAAGAUGUUGAAAUUAAGUUACAAAAAAGUACUCCCCACACAAAUAGAUAGAAAAGUGAGUUUUAAUAUUAUUGCAUUCAAAACCAAUACAAAACAAUACUACAGAGGAAUAAAUUAAGCAAAUAAACUGACAUUCCCGCAUAGGAUAAGGAAAUGUAAAACUUUUUUGAUGUAAGUGAACUAGCUAUGCAAAAUUGUGAUAUCGAACCCAAUAUUAACAAUACCCAUAUUGCUCAUUAUGAGUUGUUUGUGUUUUUCAUAUUCAUUUUUGCGCUCUGCUUAAAGAGGGGAACUGGAUGGGGAAAAAAAAGAAAUAGAAAAAAAAUGAAAUGAAAAAUAAGUGACGCAUCAAAACAUAAGUAUAAGUUAAAAAAAAUAUUGACUAAAAAUGACUAAACACUCCAUACUGAACCUUUUCCCCGUCAAAAUGAUGACAUAAGUUCUGAACAUCCAUCAUUUUACAUCGGCAUUGAUUCCCUUCCCCGUACCCUAAAGGUAAUUGUACAUUCGUGUGUUUUCGCCCUUAUUUUGCUCACUAAAGAGAGCGAAGCGCGGGCACGGCAGGGUCAGUGACCGCGCACGCUGCCUGUUUAUGCGUAUGAGGAGGUCCUCGGGAGCGCGCCCCCCCUGGCCGAGGAAGGUGAGCUAGUGUCUGGAGGGGAGGACUCGGGAGCGCGACCAGCCGAGGGAUCGAUCCGAUUAAACUCGAUUGGAGUGAAAUUAACACAAAGGAGAGAAGAGCAUCGCACACUCGUUGGCGAGGUCGCGGAUGCGAUACACACCGGAGACGUAUUUCUCGGAGGAAAACACCGAAAUUGGAACUUUUCCUUCUGUUUAUUUAUACAUCAACCGAAAGAGGACAACGGCGAUUUUUUUCAAGCGGACAUACUAACAAGGAGUUGAUCUGAGAAAAGCCCGAGUGACCGACCUUGCUGGAAACCCCAAUGACGACCAUGGAGUAGCAGACAUCAGAUCAGCAGCUAGCUAAUUAGCUCCUCAUUGCACCACCCACCUCCUUCCAUCACGUCCCCUCCAUCUGUGGGCCGGCCAGCCAGCCAUGGCAGACCCAGGGAUGCUGAGUUUAUUUGGGGACGAUACAGGCUUGUUCUCAGAUGGACUGGAUGGUUUAGGAGACUGUUAUCCUCAGCAGCCUGCCCCGAGCCAGUCAAAUUCCCUGGCCCAGCAGACAAAUGCCUCACUCAACCAUGAGCAUCAAGGGAACAGAGUUUACCACCAAGGCAUGCUCCAUGGUGCUGGACCUGGCCCAGCCCAGCCUAAAUUGGGUCAAAUGUAUGAACACGGUCCCUAUGCAGGCUAUGAUCAACCGGGUCCUCCUGCUGGAAGGAUGAUGACCCAGAAUGGUCCAAGCCAAGGCCCACCAGUUGUGAACACUUCUAUGAAUGGUAUGGGCGCCCACUACCAUAAUAACCCAGCUAACUCUAGCAGUACCCACCAUGGUUACCCUGGUGACAGUGGUGGUGGUGGUAGUGGUGUUUGGGGGCCACAGCAGCCGCAAAGGUCAGGUUACCCGCCAGCUCCAAACCAGGCUAGUGGUGCUCCCAACCAGAUGGGCACAUACCAGAUGUCUCAAGGAAAUUACGGCGGAAUGCAAGGCACACCUACAUCCAACGCAGCACGCAUGAACCAACACUACCCUCCACAAAACAUGACCCACCCCCCUGCUCAGGAUCCAUCUCAUUACAUGGGACAUGUUGGAAUGGGGCCUGGACAGAUAAGGCACCCACAGCCUCAAACCCAAGGCUACCCUAACAUGGGUCACACCCCUAGAUACCCACACUCCCCUUCCAGACAGCCCCCUCAUCCUCUUCCGCAUCAACAGGGCAUGACCGGCUUUGGGGCUGCACAGUACCCUGGAUAUCAGGCCCAGUAUGGAGCAAUGGGUUCUGGGAUUGGACAGAGUUCCAACACUACGGUUGCUGCUAACACCAGUUCAUCAAUGGGAUCAGGGCAAUUAGCCCAGAGGUUCAAUCAAGCAUCUGGUCCAGCACCAGGGCAAAGAUACCCCCCAGGGCCACCACAUCAAACUCAUUCAACAGCUUUGCACCAACAGCCAGCUGGCCAACAAGGCCAGCCAAUGCAUCCCCUUGGUCACCCUCCGAAUCUUCCCCAGUCCCAAAAUCAGCCCCAAUCUCACCUUGUUCCCCCAGCUCAGGGAUCCUACCCCUCCACCCCAUCUGUAUCCCCUAUGCGGGUUUUGGGAACCCCUACACCACCCCCACAACAGGUCCGUCCCCCAAGUGCAGGACUGGCUGGUCCAACAGAUGGUGCUGGAUACACACCCAAUGCUAUUGUCCAUCCUCAGAGAACCCCUCAAGCCCCUCUGUCAGCUCCACACCAGCAGCACAGUAUGCCCCCAAAUGGUGGGCAGAUGUAUGCAGGCAUGGGCCCACAGCGUGCUCAGCAGAUUGGGCCAAACCGGCCUCCGUUCCCUCCACAGCAAGGGCCACAUGAAGCACCAGUAAACCAGGGUGGAGAGCAACAUCUGCUUCAGAACCAGCAGCAGGCCUCCAGGAAUGGGCAGCCCCUACAGUCUUCUCCUAUGGGUUUCCAGGGUCAGCAGGCAGCACUGAGUACUACUAAUCACAGUCACCUGGCCCACCACCACCACCUCCAGAGCACACCUCCUCAUCCCAACCAGGGCUCCCACCCUUGGCCUCCUGGCCCUGCGGCCCCACAACCUCUGUCAUCCCCUCCUGUCACACCACAAAAAGUGCCUCAUGUACCGCAUUCCCCCAUGGACUCGUCAGGCGAUGCUUCUAUGAUGCUUCCUGACAGGCCGACUGGAGAUGCUGGCAACCCUGGAGAGCCCAUCAGUAGCUCAGAGCAGCCCAGCGACCAGGAAACCAAACCAAAAAAGAAGAAGAAGAAGAAGGUUUCAGCCAUUGAUGGCGAAGGCGAGGAAAAGGGCACAGAGAUAAAGGGAGGAGCACAGGAAGAGGACACAUAUGAGUUUCCUGGAACAGGAAGUGAUGUCGGCAAGCAGUCCACAAGCACAGGAAAUACAGAAGGAAGCUCGCCACCGGUGGAGGAGGAGAAGAAGAAGCGUAAGAAGAAACCAAAGGAGAAGACUGAGGGCAAAGACCCCAAAGAGCCCAAGGCCCCGAAGGCCCCUAAAACCCCCAAGACUCCCAAAGAGCCCAAGGAAAAGAAAGUUAAGAUUUCUACACCCAAGACAAAGACUCCCAAGAAGACCAGUGUCAAAAAGGAUCCAGAGGGUGAGGCUACAGCUGCUAAGAAGGAUUCGAAGAGGAAAAGACAGUCGUCCGUCAGUGAAGAUGUGGAAGUGAAGUCUCCACCUCCCUCAGCUCCUGAGGAGGAAGACGAUGAUGGCUUGCAGAAGCGUCGCUCCAGCCGUCAAGUGAAGAGGAAGAGGUACACAGAGGACCUGGAAUUCAGAAUCUCAGAUGACGACGACAGUGGCGCGGACUCACCAACACCAAAGUCCCCAUCAACCUCGUCUCAGCAGCAGGAUUUGGCGGAAGCUGAAGGACCAGUAGUCGAGAAGAUCAUGGGUGUACGCAAUAAAAAGAAACAGGUGGAAGCAGCAGAGCCAGAGGUGGAGGUGGAGGAGUUCUAUGUCAAGUUUAAAGGCUUUUCAUACCUCCACUGUCGAUGGGCAGACCUGCAGGAGCUUGAGAAGGAUAAGCGCAUUCACCAAAAAAUUAAAAGGUUCAAGGCCAAACAACUUCUCAACAACUUCAUUACUGAGAUGGACGAUGAGCCUUUUAAUCCCGACUAUGUGGAGGUGGACCGUGUCCUGGAUGUUUCCGAGAGUGUGGAUGAGAACGGCGAGACGGUGACCUUGUAUUUGGUAAAAUGGUGCAGUCUGCCUUACGAGGACUCCACCUGGGAGCUGAAGGCAGACAUUGACCAGUCCAAGAUAGAUGAAUAUGAGCGCAUCGCAGCACGCACAGCUAACACUACAAGAGUUGAUCGACCCCAUGCAGAUGCCUGGAAAAAGCAGGAGGGCUCCAGAGAUUACAGGAACGGCAACGCACUCAGGGAAUACCAGCUUGAAGGCCUUAACUGGCUCACAUUCAACUGGUACAACUCACGUAACUGUAUCUUGGCCGAUGAAAUGGGUCUUGGAAAGACCAUCCAGUCGAUAACAUUCCUCUAUGAGAUUUUUAUGAAGGGCAUUGAGGGGCCUUUCCUGGUGAUUGCUCCGCUUUCCACAAUCCCUAACUGGGAGAGGGAGUUCAGGACCUGGACUGAACUGAAUGCUGUUGUCUAUCACGGCAGCCAGGCUAGUCGCAAGACUAUCCAGGCAUAUGAGAUGUACUUCAGAGAUGCACAGGGUAAGAUUAUAAAGGGAGCAUAUCGAUUCCAUGCCGUGAUUACCACCUUUGAGAUGAUUUUGGCCGACUGUCCGGAGCUACGUAGCAUCCCAUGGCGGUGCGUGGUGAUAGACGAAGCCCACCGACUGAAAAACCGAAACUGCAAGCUCCUGGAAGGACUGAAAAUGAUGGACAUGGAGCACAAAGUUCUUUUGACUGGAACUCCUCUUCAGAACACAGUGGAGGAGCUGUUCAGCUUACUCAACUUCCUAGAGCCAGAGCGAUUUCCAUCUGAACAGACAUUUAUGACUGAAUUUGGAGAUCUUAAAACUGAAGAACAGGUUCAAAAGCUGCAGGGUAUCUUGAAACCCAUGAUGUUAAGAAGACUUAAGGAGGAUGUAGAGAAGAAUCUGGCACCCAAGGAGGAGACCAUUAUUGAGGUGGAGCUUACAAACAUCCAGAAGAAAUACUAUCGUGCCAUUCUGGAGAAGAACUUCUCCUUCUUAUCCAAAGGCAGUGCAGGCGGAGGUUCAGGGGGUGCUGGAGGCUCUAGUGUCCCCAACCUCCUCAACACCAUGAUGGAACUGAGAAAGUGCUGUAACCAUCCCUACCUCAUUAACGGAGCUGAAGAGAAAAUCAUUGAAGAGUUCAGGGACACCCACGGUGGUGGGUCGGACAUGCCGGACAUGCCACUCCAAGCCAUGAUCCAGGCUGCUGGCAAGUUGGUGCUCAUUGACAAGCUGCUGCCCAAACUUAAAGCCGGUGGACACAGAGUGCUUGUGUUUAGUCAGAUGGUUCGUUGCCUUGACAUUCUGGAGGAUUAUCUCAUUCAGAAACGCUAUCCGUAUGAGAGAAUUGAUGGGAGAGUUCGUGGAAACCUGCGGCAAGCAGCCAUAGACCGUUUUUCCAGGCCAGACUCCGAUCGCUUCGUCUUCCUACUGUGUACACGAGCUGGAGGCCUUGGCAUUAAUUUAACUGCAGCCGAUACGUGUAUCAUCUUUGACUCUGACUGGAACCCUCAGAAUGACCUGCAGGCCCAGGCACGAUGUCACAGGAUUGGCCAGUCCAAGGCUGUCAAAAUCUACCGUCUGAUCACUCGCAACAGUUACGAGAGGGAGAUGUUUGAUAAAGCGAGUCUGAAACUUGGACUGGACAAGGCUGUUCUCCAGAGUAUGAGUGGACGUGAGAAUGCCAACAGUGGGGUCCAGCAGUUGUCCAAGAAGGAGAUUGAGGACCUCCUGAGAAAGGGAGCAUAUGGAGCACUGAUGGAUGAAGAGGACGAAGGUUCCAAAUUCUGCGAAGAGGAUAUUGACCAGAUCCUUCAGAGACGCACGCACACCAUUACCAUUGAGUCUGAGGGCAAAGGCUCUACCUUUGCCAAGGCCAGUUUUGUUGCAGCAGGCAACCGGACAGACAUUUCUCUUGAGGAUCCUGACUUCUGGCAGAAAUGGGCAAAGAAGGCUGAACUGGACAUGGAUGCCAUCAACGGACGGAAUACACUGGUGAUCGACACGCCAAGAGUGAGAAAGCAGACACGACACUACAGUAGCGUCAAAGAGGAUGAGAUGCUGGAGUUUUCUGAGCUGGAGAGUGACGACGAUGAACCAAGCAAACCCACGUCCAAGCCCCGCAGGCCUCAAGACAAAACCCAAGGCUACCCACGCUCUGAGUGCUUCAGGGUGGAGAAAAACCUGCUGGUCUACGGGUGGGGCAGGUGGAAUGACAUCCUGGCCCAUGGCCGCUUCAAGCGCCCACUGAAGGAGGUUGAUGUGGAAACCAUCUGCAGAGCACUUCUGGCUUACUGCCUGCUUCAUUACCGUGGUGAUGAGAACAUUAAAAGCUUCAUCUGGGAUCUGAUCACACCCAGUGAAGAUGGCACAACCAGAACUCUGACCAAUCACUCAGGUCUCUCUACUCCUGUACCUCGGGGUAGAAAGGGCAAAAAGGGGAAGCCCGCAGCCCCAGCACCACAGACCCCCAGAGCUGAUUGGUUGGCCAGCUGCAAUCCAGACCACCUUCUGCAAGAGGACAGCUACAAGAGACACUUGAAGCACCACUGCAACAAGGUCCUUCUAAGGGUGAGGAUGCUCUACUACCUACAUCAGGAAGUUAUUGGAGACCAAGCAGAUCGCAUCCUGGAUGGAACAGACUCAAGUGAGCUGGACAUCUGGAUUCCCCAACCUUUCCACGCUGAAGUUCCGACUGAUUGGUGGGAUGGGGAAGCUGACAAAUCCCUGCUCAUUGGUGUCUUCAAGCACGGCUACGAGAAGUACAACUCCAUACGAGCUGACCCCACCCUAUGCUUCCUGGAGCGGGUGGGCAUGCCAGAUGCCAAAGCCAUCGCUGCUGAGCAGAGGGGCACGGACCUGAUGACAGAUGGUGUCGAGGGUGAAGAUGAAGAUCCAGAGUACAAACCACAGCGAAUGCCCUUUAAAGACGACAUUGAUGACUUCACCAACUCUCCACUAGAUGACACCGUUGAUGGUGAAGCUGAUGCCAAGCUAGCUGAAAACGGUGGAACCGCUGAAGGGGCCACAGGACGUCUUUAUUGGCCAGCAGCCUCCGCUCUGACGGCACGUUUGCGUCGUCUCAUCACGGCUUACCAGCGCUCAAAUCGCAGGGAACUGCUGCGCCAAGAGGCUCUCAAUCGACCGGAUGGACGCAGACGGCGUCGCCGCGAUUUCCUGCCGACCAUCUCCAUGGUUACCGAAGCUGGAGGAGCGACCACUUAUAUCCAGGAUGCUGGGGCUGUGUUCCUCGCUGAAGGGUCCCCAUAUCUAGCUAAAGGGAGCACAUACUUUGCCCAAGGGGGACAGUUUUUAACUGAGGACCCGUCUGUGAUGACAGCCAGCUCCCUCCUGGCUGAUGGAGCCAUGUACUUUAAGGAGAGACGGCAAAGAUGGACUCGGCGCGAAGAGGCAGAUUUCUACCGUGUGGUGUCCACUUUCGGGGUCAUCUUCGACACACAGCAUCAAAAGUUUGACUGGACGCAGUUCCGAGCUUUUGCUCGACUGGACAAGAAGACAGACGAAAGCUUGGAGAACUAUUAUUAUGCCUUCAUUGCCAUGUGCAAACGAGUGUGCCGCAUGCAGGUCAAAAAUGAGACCGAACUGCCGGACCCGACCCUGAUCAUUGACCCCAUCACUGAGGAGCGAGCUUCUCGUACACUCUAUCGCAUUGAACUUCUUCGCCGCAUUAGAGAGCAGGUCCUGCCCCAUCCUUUGCUCUCUGAACGCCUUAAACUAUGUCAACCCUCGCCAGACCUCCCAGAGUGGUGGGAGUGUGGUCGUCAUGACCGGGACCUCCUACUUGGGGCAUCUAAGCAUGGAGUUAGUCGAACAGAUUACCACAUACUAAAUGAUCCUAGUUUGGCCUUUCUGGAUGCCCAUCAGCGCUUCACUAGUCAGAGGGGGUCAGGUGUUAGUGUCGUCUCCCAGGGAGAGACGACCAAAAUGUCAGCUCCGGAUGAAACCUCAGCUCCCCACGUUACCCCUGCAGAAUUGGCAAGCGGUCCAGCUGCUGCCAAAAUCUCUGUGGGAGCAGUAAGUGUGGAAGGAGCUGAGAAAAAGGUGAAGAUGAAGGAAGAAGAGACAGAGAUUAAAACUGAGACCGCAGAAGCAGAUGUAGCUGUAAAAGCUGAAAGUCCAGAAGAACAGAAAGCAGAGGUAGACUUAGUUGAGGAGAAAGAGGUAUCUGCUUCUCCUGCUGAGAAUGUGAAAGUAGAGGUGAAACUGGAAAAAAGCAACAAUAGUGACGAGAUAAACACUAAUGUUGAGAAAAAGGCCCAAAAGGAAGAAGACAAAGAUUCUGCCGAAGAGAAAAAUACCUCAACCUCUCCUAAACAAGAAGAAGACAGUCAGACUGAAGCCUUACAGCCUCUCCAAGCACAAACUGAGCACAAGGAAGAAGAGAUGGAGACCUGCAAGUCUCUCAAGUCUCCCGCACCAGCCGACGCAGAGAGGAAUAAAGAGGAGGAGGAGGAGGAAGAGGAGGAGAGGAUGGAUGAAGACGACAAGUCAGAGAAGUCGUCCCAGGCCGAAGCUAAUGCUGCAUCAGAGCAGAAGAAUUUUGAUGAAGAGAGCAUUGCUUCUCUCAGUACAUCAGCCCGAGAGGAAACUCGAGAUGGCUUCUGCCCUGAUGAACUUCCAGAGACCAGUGCGCUCCAGGCACUGCAGGACAGAACCUUUGGCUUCUCCUUCUGGCCCAAGGACCGAGUCAUGAUCAACAGGAUGGACAACAUUUGCGAUACUGUCCUGAAGGGCAAGUGGCCCGUGAACAGAAGACACAUCUUUGACUUCCCAAGCAGCCUUCUGCCUGGUGGCAUGGUCAACCCUGCAGCAACAGACAGCCCACUGCAGCGGAGAAGCUUGGCCGAGUUGACCAUGAGUGGCAUCCACACACCAUACAGUGGGAGUGAAGAUAAAACCCUAUCGCCACAGAUGCAUGAUGAUGCGCUGGGCCUGGCCAUGCCGCGACAGAGGAGGAGGAGAAGGAGGAAGAUCGAGAUCGAAGCAGAGAGAGCAGCCAAGAGGCGCAACCUGAUGGAGAUGGUGGCACAACUGAGAGAGAGCCAUGCCAACCUGGAGAAUCAAGCAAUCGAUCUUACCAAGGGUGGGCACCUGCACCACAAGGCCUCUCCAUCAUUGGCCGCCUACUCCAGUGCCCAGGUUUCGAGCCCCUCCCUCAAGGCUCAGAUGGAGCUGCUACAGCAGGCCCCAGCUCACCGCGCCAAUGGUUCACUAGAGGCCGACCUGCCCACCAUGAAGAGGAGACGAGGUCGCAGGAAAAAUGUGGAGGGCCUUGAGCUGCUCUUCAUGGGCAACAAACGAGCAGGAGGGGACGAUGGGGAGGUAUCCAACGCCUCUGUCAUUGAGGCGAUUCAGGAAGCUGCCCGCUCACAGAGACCCCUCCCCGGCCCGGAACAGAGCCCCAGUGCCCGGUCUCUGGCGUCUGGCAGCAUGGAGGACGAGGAAGCUGCAGUCUCCAGCAAAGAUCUGAAUGAGUGGCUGAGACAACACCCGACCUACACGAUGGACAUGACUGGAUUUACACCAAAGACGGAGGACUUGCUACUAUCCCAGUUCUCAAAGCCCAAACAGAAGCGCCAUCGCUGCCGGAACCCAAACAAGAUCGACAUAAAUACACUCACUGGAGAGGAAAGGGUCCCUGUGGUCAAUAGACGUAAUGGACGCAAGAUGGGCGGAGCUAUGGCUCCACCAAUGAAAGAGCUUCCCCGGUGGUUACUAGAGAAUCCAGAAUUCUCUAUUGCUCCGGACUGGACAGACAUCGUCAAACAGUCGGGUUUUCUCCCGGAGGCCAUGUUUGACCGCCUACUGACCGGACCGGUGGUCAGGGAAGAAGGAGUCCGUCGUCGUGGACGGCGUCCCAAAUCUGAGAUUGCCAAGGCCGCAGCGGCAGCUCAGGCUGCUGCGGCGGCUCAGGCUGCCCAAGCGACCCUGGCGUCCGCUGCAUCUUCUGCUGGUGGCAUCAAUCCUCUGCUGCUCAACAGCCUUUUUGGAGGAAUGGACCUGUCGUCCCUCCAGAGUCUCCAGUCUCUCCAGCUGGCUGCUAAUCUGAUGGCCUUCCCUCCUGCCGCUGACCCCAAGCAGGCCGCUGCCAACGCUGCCGCCGCCUCCAUGCUGCCACUCAUGAUUCCCGGCAUGGGCGGGCUGUCCAACAUGGCUGCCGCACUUCCCAACAUGUUUAGUCUGGGGGGGCUGUUUGGUGGAAACCUCACCUCAGCAGCUGCCUCUGCUGCCACCAACUCCACAGUCACCACCACAUCAGGGACCACAAACGGUUCAGCGGAAACAGUGGAAGGGGAGGAGUCCGCUCCGGCCAAGAGAAAGAGACAGGAAGAGGGGAAGAAAGAGGAUGGAAAUGCAGAGGAUGAUGGUGAAGAGGCUUCCGAAAGUCGAGAAGCGCCUGAGGAGAAAAGAAAAAAGGCGGAGAAGGAAGAUGAAGCAACAGAGAAAGUGGAGAAAUCUGCAAGCGAUGUAGCUGCGGCGCCUCAAAUCCCAGGCUCUGACUCGACCGCUGACUCAUCCAUCAACAGUGACACAGCCGCUCUGCUGGCUGCAGCGGGCAUGUCUGCCAACUCUCUAGCAUUUAACCCUUUCCUGCUCUCCACCAUGGCCCCUGGCCUCCUCUACCCCUCCAUGUUCCUUCCUCCAGGCCUCACAGGGCUCAGUCUGCCCGGCUUCCCCACCACUUCCUCCCUGGCCGAGCUCCAGAGCGCCAUGGCAGGAGCGCUGGGAGGCAAAGCCACGGCCUCAGUGACCCAGAGAGACGAAGAGAAGACAGGGCCCAAGGCGUCAGAAGACGGAGAGGAUGACGACGACGCUGAGGAAGAUGAACUGCAGGGAGGAGGAGAGAGCGACUUGGCGGAUGAGAAGGAGACGCAAGAUGAUCCAGAGGACUCAGCCCUGGACGACACAGAAGUGGCAGGAGAGGACGAGUCGCCGCAGAAAGAUGAGUGACUGAACUGAAGUUGGCCUUGGACAUUAUUUCUCACCUCUGACCUCACGUUUACACACUUCCACCAUGAAUAUCCAAAACAUUAGGACUUUUUUUAUGAUUUAUUUUGCGUUAAUUUGUGUGUGGAAGGAAUAUAGUGUGUUAAGUUAAAUUAGUCAGGAAACUCACCUGGACUGUUUUUUUUUUCCAGGCCGGUCUGUUCACAUUUCCUCUGAAUAGAACACAAAUCUCCAGAACUACUAUUGUUAUCAUUAUUAUUAUUAUUAUUAUUGUUGUUGUUGUUAUUAUUUUUAUUGUCGCUGCUUUCAGCACUCGGAUUUCUUUUUGUUUUCAACAUGGCUUCCUUCAUCUUGUCCUGACUGUUUGCUGUUAGCAGCGUGUCAUCUUGCUGGCGCCAGUUUAUUUUAAAAGUUCUCUUGUCUGUCUGACAAAGCUGCUGCAGGAAUCUGACCAGGAAAGAAACAGACUGGCCGAAACUUCAGUCUCACACUGACGACUCCAUCACACACUUGACCACACUCACACAUUCUAAAAGCGACCACUACACUCACGAAACCCUGGCGGGUGGCGUGUGUGUGAACCUUUACUGUUGAUCCAGUCCGACACUGUUGAAGACUUUCCACCGCCCGUCCUUGUGUCCUGUCCUCUGUGGCAGCUGGUUGUGGUGUCGGCGUGGCAGGCAGGCAGGCUGGGUCUGCCGCCAGUCGGGCCCAACCAGCGCCAUACGUUCUGAUAGGACUGAAGGCGGCAGUCCAAAUCCAUCAUUGUUCAGGUUUGUUUUGUUCAGGAGUGUUAGUUAUCUCUUUUCCCGGUUGCUGCCUCAAGUUUUCCCGUUUUUUGUUUUUUUUUUUCUUUUGAGAGGUCACGCUGCUCUCCUCUUAGACUGUUGCUCUAGUCACACACACUGACACGGCCCGGCCGACCUCCGCAGGACUGACUAACUCACUCAACCUAUAUGAAGUUUGACUGGUUGCCGAUAUGAUUUUUCUCCCUUGAUUCUCCUUUUUUUUUUUUUUUUUGGAUGAAAUGCUUGAAAUACACAUUUGUUUCGUUUCCUCUGUUGAAGAUCCAAACAGCCCUUGUUAGUUGAACUAUUGGUGAAGUCAAACACACUAUUUCCAGGUCUUCUUAGCUCUCCCAGCCAGCCACAGUUACUGAGGCCAGGGACUGUCCCCAUCAGCACAGGUCCCAGUUCUUUUUAAUGCUGAGACAGCAAUAACCAAGGCAGCUUUUGAAUGUUCCAACAUAAUAUCCCCACACACACACACACACACACUUUAUAAAUAACCACAAGUGUCGUAUGAAUAGAAAACUGUAAAUGAUGAAAUAAGUACUGCAAUCAAUUUUGUCUCACUCUGUUCCUGUUGAUGCACUGGUGUAAAAGAGUUAAUAAUCAGGUACCUUUAUUACUUAGCUACUUUUCUUGAGAAAAAUGGACUUUUUGUUACUUUUAGCCAGCAAGCUGAAGAGCAUUACCUCAAAAUUCUUAACUAGCCUUGAAGUUUACAGACAUACCAUGUAAAUGUUUUUCUCUUGUUUUGUUUCUUUUUUUUUCUUUGGUGUGUGUCUUUUUGUUUUUGUUGUUUGGAGACAUCAUGUAUGAUGAAUUGUAGCGAUGAUGCUUUUAAUAAAAGUGAAUCAAGAUAUUCGCCUAGGAAACCAAAACGUGUCUGCGUCUGUUUUUAAAGUUUGGGUUCUUUUGUGCCACUACAUGGCUUCCUUUUGCCCCUGAGUCUGAGGAGAAAUUUCCCCAGUUACUGUGAAGUUGACUGUCUGGUGUGUAUUCCAUGUAGUUAGUUAUCAAAACAGCUUUGCGUGUACAA